UUCACACAUCACACCCCGUCCCCUCUCUCUAUUCUUAGUCUUCCAUGUGAGCAGAAUCCAUGGAAGCCGAGCCCAGCUACCUUGCUUCCCGGGCGAUGAUGGAUGGGGGAGCAGAUGAUUUCUGCAUCAAGCCCGUAGCAGAGCCGCACGGCGACCAGAUCCCUAGCGCUCGAUAUAUCGAUCUGUUCGAGCUUGUAGUUUGGCCAGGUGGAGAGGGAAAUGGUACACAUGUGCCAGCAUCAAGGAGCUGUGCCGCCACCACCGCUGUAUCAGAUUCCGCCAGCGGUUGUAGUGCGGACGGAGCCAUCCAGAUCCUGGCCGUCUCAGACGACGGAGCCAUUCAGACCCCGACCAUCUCAACGGGCAGAGCGGACGGAGCCAUCCAGACCCGGGCUGUUAGCGGACGGAGCCAUCCAGACCCCGGCUAUCUCAGCAAAGCAACCCACGGCCGUCGUCAGGAAUUGGAAGAAGAGAUUCAGAGGCGUGUCUGGACCUGAUGAAAGGAUUAUACCGAGCAAAAGCAACUAUCUGCAAGUCUGUAUCGCAAGAGCAACCGAUAACAGCAAUAACAAUCUAUUUGCCCCGGUUAAAGGUUUUACAUUUGACUCGUGUAAAGAAGCAUAUGAGAUGUACAAUAUUUUUUCAUGGGAGAACGGUUUUGGGAUCCGGCAUGGCAAGACCAGGAUAAAUGAGGCGAAGUACAAAACUAUGCAUGAGAUAGUAUGCCAAUGCCAUGGCAAGAGUGAGAAAGAGAAUUCCGAAACAUGCAGAACAGGAUGCAAAGCGAGGAUUCGUCUACUGCGCACUAGAGACCAUGGGUGGUACGUCACUAUGUUUGACAAUGUACACAACCACCCGCUAUCAGCUGGGCAUGAGGAGACGCGUCAAUGGAAUUCUCAUAGUUACAUAGAUCCUUUGAUGACGGACUUCAUCCGGAAUCUCCGAGAGAACAAUAUCAGCCUCAGCAAGGUUUAAAACAUCCUCUGCGCUACACAUGGUCAAAAUGGAGGCGUGCCAUACCGUAAGCAGAACCUGAAGUAUUUGUGCUCACGGCUUGCGCAAGAAUCAAUCAAUGAUGACAUACAUAAGACUAUUGAUCUCUUGCAUCAAAUGAAAACUGCUGACCCUAACCUUCAGGUAUAUGUCAACGUUGACAAAGGAGGCUCCGUUCAGUCAAUAUUGUGGUGCACUGGAAAGAACUGUGAAGACUAUGCAUAUUUCGGAGAUGUUGUCACCUUUGACACGACUUACCGAACUAAUCUGUACAAUAUGCCCUUUGGUAUAUUUGUUGGUGUGAACAACCACUACCAAUCUGUCAUAUCGGUGGAGUGCUGAUGCGUCAUGAAACUACUGAGGGGUUCGAGUGGGCUUUCAAAACUUUCGUCGACACGAUGAAUGGAAAGCAUCCAGUCACAAUAUUGACUGAUCAGUGCAAGGUGAUGGAAGGAGCAAUAGAAAACAUAUUGCCAAAUACGAAGCAUAGGUGGUGUAAGUGGCAUGUAUUGAGGUGCGCAAAGGAGAAGCUUGGCCCUGUAUACAGCAAGAAGAGUGGAUUCAAACAUGAGUUCCACAAAAUUAUAAAUGAUAUUAUUUAUGUCACAGAAUUUGAGGGAAAGUGGGCUGAACUUAUAGAUAAGUACAAUCUGAAGGAUAAUCCUUAUCUUGAGAAUCUAUAUAGCAAGCGGACCAUGUGGGCUAAACCAUACUUCUCCAGUGUGUUCUGUGCUGGGAUGACAAGUACUCAACGCAGCGAGAGCGCAAACCACCUGCUGAAACAGUACAUACCUCGUUCAUCACCUAUGCACCUAUUUGUCAAGCAGUACAACAAGCUACUCCAAUCACGCACAUCGGAUGAGGGCAGGCAGCAACACAUGACAAAGAUGAAACGUCGAAGACUCAACGGAGGGUUCCCCUUGGAAGCUGAUGCAGCCAAGAUAUAUACUAAGGGUGUGUUCAUUAAAUUUGAAGAGGAGCUUUAUCAAGCUGCAUCGUUUAUUAUAUCUAAUUGCAUAAGCAAUAUGGAAUUUGAGGUCACACGUGCCCGACCGGAUUACUUGCCUGAAUACGAGAUGAGGAGGUACAAGGUUGCUAUCAGAGAUGGUGGUGAUUUCAUAGACUGAUUGUGGAUACUUUCAGCAUAGUGGGAUGUUGUGCUGUCACUCUAUCAAGGUUCUGAUACGAAACGACAUACUCAAAAUCCCGAGUAAGAACAUCGUGAAGAGGUGGACCAAAAUGGCAAAGGAAGUGCAGCCUUCAAACCUUGCUCUGCCUCAUGCAUCGAUUCAGCCAGACGAUGCUUCAUACCGGCAAAAUAUCCUGUACAUUGCCGCUCUAGAAACGGUGAAGGAGACCUCCCUUUGCAAGGGCAUGCUUGACAAGACACUAAAAGUUUUUCAGGAACUGAGGACCGAAGCUAGACAUAUGCGAUUGCUGGAGGAGGAAAGCCAUAAUGAGCCGGGUGAAGGACGGUGUGAUGCAGAUAAUUUCAUUGCCAUCACGUCAUGUGAGCAGUUGCAUCCGCCAAAGCGAGUGAAAUCCAAAGGUAGGACAGCAACUGUAAGGAUGAAAUCAAGGAUGGAUUAUGUAUCACUCUUCCAGCAAAAGAGCAAGAAGGUUGAUAGUGUUUACAAUCAACCAAACUUUCUGUCAGAAAUCGGAAGAGACAACACCUCUAGCGACCAUCAUAAUGAUUUGAUAUCCCAAUACAAGAGGGUUAUCAAAUGUAGCAGAUGUAAGGGAGAAGGUCAUAAUAGGUCAUCGUGCAAGAAACGCGGGUUCUGAACUGAAUGGUAUAUCAUAUGGCGUAUUAGAAAGCUGUAUUUUGUUUCAGAAAGCUCGAAAGCUCCUGGCUUUCUGAGGACGCCAUAGCAGCCGGUUAUGUGCACAUUAAUGCUGUACU